GCCAGGCUGGUCUUGAACUCCUGACCUCAGGUGAUCUGCCCACCUUGGCCUCCCAGAGUGCUGGGAUUACAGGCAUGAGCCACUGUGGCCGGCCCCCUUUUCUUUGCAAAUUACCCAGUCUUUUUCCAGCGGUGACGACUUACCCAGGAGAACAUGCCUCUCACAAAGGAUCUCCUUCAUCCCUUUCCAGAAUAGGGGAAGAGGAAACACAAGAAGCAGUGCCUGAUGCAGAGCCCCAAUUCCUACUUCAUGGGUGUAAAUGCCCAGGAUGGUACAAAAUCACUACAGUCUUUAGCCAUGCACUAACAGAAAUUUUGUGUGUUGGCUGCUCCACUGUCCUCUGCCAGCCUACAGGAAGAAAAGCAAGGCUUACAGAAGGAUGUUCCUUCAGGAGGAAGCAGCAUUAAAAAGCACUCCGAAUCAAGAU